GAGAAAGGGUGACUUUCCUCACCAAUAGCGCCUCAGCGUCUAGGUUUGUUCCUGGACGGGAGCCUCAAGCGCGGGGUCUUGGGUGCUGCGUCGGGUUGCGUAGACUGUGUUGGCGAGACGCUCCCUGCGGAGGCCUCGGUUGGACCGAAGGAAGCUACAGCAUCCAGGGGACAACAUGCCAACUGCCAAGCAACUAGCUGACAUUGGCUACAAGACCUUCUCUACCUCUAUGAUGCUCCUCACUGUGUAUGGGGGCUACCUCUGCAGUGCCCGAGCCUACCGCUUUUUCCAGCGGCGCAUGUCCCAGCGCCAGGCUGCAGAAGAACAGAAGACCUCAGGAGACCUGUAGCACCUGGGGACUGUUUCUUGACCAGAGGGGCCUGAGGCCUGCUGGAAAGAGCUCACCUACCAUCAUAUCUAAGUCAAGAGAACUAGGGCCUUAAUGGUUUUCAAACCCUGCUGGGGAUAAGUGCCCAUGUUUUCUCUGGAACUGCCAGUUUGGCGACGCCGUCAUAUCAUAACAGGAAUUCGGGGGAGGGGGAGGAACAUUUACAGACAUUAAAUAUUUUACCAUGCC